AUGCUGGCAAUCGAGGACCCACAAAAAGAGUUGACGUCCACCCCCAUUUGGCCAGGUUAUGCUAUGCGGCGGAAGCUGUUUGUUUCUCUCGAACGUAUGCCUGAACUUUUUGGGGACAAUGUGACGGCAAUGGGCAAAUCCAGCGAGGAAGACAUUCAAAAUGCGAUACAAAGCGUCAAGAGCGGUGUCAGCGUCACCAAAAGCGCCACUCGCUGGGGUGUACCGCGGUCGACACUGAGGCAUCGAUUAACGGGAACGGUGACACACGCCGCCGCAGCCGAAUCGCAGCAGAGGCUGUCAAAGCGACUUGAGCAGCAGCUUGGCGGCUGGAUUGCGACAAUGACGGCCAUUGCGGAAGCACCUACGCACAAGCAGGUUCGCGAGGUGGCGACCCAGCUUCUUGUACUGGAGGGGGAUCUUCGGCCGCUGGGCAAGAAUUGGGUUGUCACGUUUCUGCGCCGAAAUCCGCAUAUCACGGCGGUAAAAGAUCCUCCGCGCCCUGCGGUCGAGAGAGGGGCGGGUGAGAGCACUGGACCCCGUCAACUCUAA